AUGAAGUUCAGUCAGAAGGAGCAGAGUCCGAAUAUACAGUGCAUUUGUCAAAUCAUAACAGUUCAUGGAAGUUCAGUCAGAAGGGAGCAGAGGCCGAAUAUACAGUGCAUUUGUCAAAUCAUAACAGUUCAUGGAAGUUCAGUCAGAAGAAGGGCAGAGGCCGAAUAUACAGUGCAUUUGUCAAAUCAUAACAGUUCAUGGAAGUUCAGUCAGAAGGGAGCAGAGGCCGAAUAUACAGUGCAGUUGUCAAAUCAUAACAGUUCAUGGAAGUUCAGUCAGAAGGGAGCAGAGGCCGAAUAUACAGUGCAUUUGUCAAAUCAUAACAGUUCAUGGAAGUUCAGUCAGAAGGGAGCAGGGCCGAAUAUACAGUGCAUUUGUCAAAUCAUAACGGGAAGUUCCAGAAGGAAGGCUUCAGUGGAAGAGAAUAUCAGUCGAAAUCACCAACAGUUCAUGGAAGGAGCAGAGGCCGAAUAUUUAUACAGUGCAUUUGUCAAAUCAUAA